AUGACGGGGAAGUCGCUUUCGAGCGGGGAGUCCAGCGAGAGUGACGAAUGGGGAGAGCAUCUCGGGGGGAGCCAAUGGAGAGGCCAUCUCGAUAGCGGCAAGCUGAGUGACCCGGACGAGGACACCUUUGACUCAUGUAGCUCGUGUGGAUCCCACGAUUCGCAAGGACACGAUGUCGAGAGGGAUGAAGAAUCACACAUAAAAAGAAUCAACCAGUACAUCGAAAAGCUGGACAUCCUGAGGAACAAAUGCGACCUAAAAAUAAAGCUGAAUCAGCAGAAGGAGAAGGAGAACCUCGUAAGUAACAUCGACAACAUAAACACACAGGUGAAGAAGCACUUGCUGUUUAAGCAGAAGAUCAAUAAAAUUAACAACUCCCUUAGGGAGAAGUGUAACUAUGAUGCUUUUUCGCAAAUGGAAAGGAUAUAUAAGACCAUAUCGAAUGUUAACUCAUCGUACGAAUAUACUAUGUUAAAAAUUCAGCUGCAGGAUUAUAUAAGGCAGGUGGAGGGCUGUGUGAGGAGGAAUUACCUGGACGCCAUCGAGCCGCUGAACCAGUUUUUGCAUGGGGCAGCCGCCCUCCUGAGCAGCGAAGACGCGGUCAUUGAAAGCGACAUAAUAAACUAUGUCCAGCAGAGGGAAAGACAGCUGUCAGAGGAUCACCCCGAACAGCAUAACGAUGCACAUCCCCACUCGCAUGCACACGUACAGGCGUAUGCACAGAUAUGUCAGACAGAUGAAGAGAAUAUAAAAUUGUUGAACGCGUACUACGACCAUGUAAAGGGUCUCAUCGAGGAAGAAAUCUGUGAGUGCAUAAAGUUGAAGGACGUGGAUGGGGUUAGGACGAAGGUAGGACUGUACUUGAGUAUUUUUCGCAGUCGGGGGGAUAAGAAGAAGCAGAAUGAGCAGAGGGAGAAGAAAAGGGACUCUUCUGAGGGGGGCGUUAAGGGAUCCGAUGAGAAAAGCCGCGAUGAGGCGAGCGGGGUGGGCAGUCACGAUGAGGUGAGCGGGGUGAGCAGUCACGAUGAGGUGAGUAGUCACGAUGAGGCGAGCGGGGUGGGCAGUCACGAUGAGGUGAGCAGUCACGAUGAGGUGAGCAGUCACGAUGAGGUGAGCAGUCACGAUGAAGCGAGCGGGGUGGGAAGUCACAGUAGCGACCGCGGUGACAAGCACCAUGGGGGAGGAGCCCCCACUUGCGUUUCCUUGGAGGAUCAGCUGCUCCACUUCGGGGAAUACCUAUUUGUGUGCCGUGUGGCCAUGAAGCUGGUCGAGCAGGAAGUGGACAAACAGCUAGACCUACUAACCCGGAAAGUAGUGAGCACAGAAGAUAGCGUAUACGUGGAGUGCAUCAAAGGGACCUACACCUGUCUCUACAGACACAACGCCUUUUUGGAGAAGCUACUGGGAGAUCAUCUAGUUUACAUUAUUUACAACAGAAAGGUGGAGCUACUCUUUAAUAAAGUCGUAGAAGCAAUAUGCUCAAGUUUCUGUAGUCAGACACAGCUCCUACAGAUCGAUAACUAUAAUGAGUUAACCAAAUUGGACAAAAACGUGGAGAUGUUAUCCUUACUGUGUUAUCAUUUUCAAAACAUAAAAAAAUUUUUACAUCAAUUGGGAGAAGAAAAAUUUAGAAAAUUGAAUGAUUUGUUCAUUUUGGCUAGCUACAUAAAUAAAGAUAUUUUUUCUGAACAGUCAGGCUUGUUUAAAAAUUUACCUUAUGUAAAAUGUAUACAAGAUUGCCUAUGUUCAUAUAUCGAUUAUGAGAUAUUGUUUACGAAGCACUGCAUCGAUAAAGCAUUCGUUUUGACGGAUGACAUUAUGUUGUCAUUGAUAGAUGAUGAGAAAAUCAAGGGAAAGGAUGUAAGAGAUUUUUACGAGAAUAUGGUAAAUUUAGAAAAUAUAAUAAUGAAUUGUAGCAACAGUAAUGAGUAUACUUCCACUUUGCUGGACGAUGCAUUUUUUAUUUUUCAAAAAUCUGUGUGCAGGAGUAUAAACAUGAAUGAUAUUAACACUAUGUGUGUUUUGGUGAAUCACAUUAUUUUGUUUAUUGGGGGUACUUUGAGAAGCUACCUGAGUGAGAAUUUGAAAACGAGCAAAAGUAUAUACGGCGCGUUUAUUCACGAUGUUGCUAAUUUGAAGCCUUUUUCCUUUAGGGCUUUGCUUGGCAGUAUCGAUGAGACGAAUUACGUGGAUGAGGGACAGGGGAACAAUCGCACCGUGGCCCUGGCGCAGAACUUGGUUAGUUCGCUUAGCUAUGUGCGGAGUGAAGCGCCGGAGGGGGGGGCAGGCCGUAACGAACUUGCAAGUGGAAGUGGUGGCCGUAAUAGUGUUAUACGGGGUGGUGGUGAUAACGUGGCACGUGGGACUGCUGGCCGUAAUAACGCGGCACGUGGAGACCACCCCUCGCGAGGCGGCGAGGCGAAGGGCCACAGCAGUGGCAAUGGGAAGAGCAGUGGCAAGGGCAGUGGCAAGGGCAGUGGCAUCUACGAGUACCUGACGGCGGAGCACUAUGAGAGCCUCUUCAACCCUCUGUCCGACAGAAAAAACAUGGACAGCCAAACCAUCAACUCCAAGUUCAGCUACCCCCACUGCGUGAACAACAUAGACUCAUGCCACCAGUACAUACAAAACUUCAAGCUGUUCAUCCACGAUUAUUUUGUGGACAAAUUUUUAAAGGAUAAAAGGAAAAAGAAAGAAAAGGGGAAGCAAAAAAAGAGGCAAACGGAAAGGGAUAGGCGAACGGAAAGGGAUAGGCGAACGGAAAGGGAGACGCAAAAGGAAACGCAGAAUUACCUCCUCAUGUUUACCAACUCGUUUGCCAAUUACGACAACCUACUUAGCGACUUCGAAAAGCUGAGUAUCGAAAAUUGUAAAAAUCUGUUGAACAUUUUGAAGGUGCAUUUUAUUGGGCAGCUGGUCAUCAUCGAGAGCGUCAACUUUGAUAUAACGAGUGAGCAGUACGCCUACUACCAGCUCAACGACCCCUACAUUAACGGCUUGGUCAGCCGGAUGAAGCUGAUCGCCUACCACAUUUCGCUAUACUUCAACCAGAAUAUCUUUCAAAUAUGCGUUGGUUUGCUGGCGGAGAAGAUCUGCAAAUACAUCGAGCGAAUCGUGCGCACGAAGAAAUUUAGCCUGUACGGUUGCGUCCAAUUAGACAACGACAUCAGAAACCUCAUGCUGUUCUUCACAUCCCUCACCAGCAUCAACGUGAAGAAGGAGUUCGCCAAGCUGCUGGAAAUUUGCGAAUUACUGAACAUAAACGAUUUGCAGGACUUCAAAGAUUUCUACGAGGAAAACAAGAACAACUUGAGUGCCAGCGAUGUGGAGGACAUCAUCUCGAUGCGAAAUGACAUUUCGGAGGAGCUCCUUGGUGCGAUGAAGUUGUACAUGAAUUGGGGCGCGUCUUAA